CAUUGGAAAUGAUAUUGGCACAGUCCAAGCGAGCAUCUUUUGUUGGCAUGGACAUUGUUACAUAUGAUCCACAUUGGUCCAAGCUAGACAUGCUUAAUACUCCUAAAAAAUCAAAUUCAUUUUUGGAUUGCAAAUCAAAGUUGGAUAUGUUUGCUCGACGUUACGAAAAGGUAGAUCGAACUAUGCAGGUUCAAAUGUUAAAGAAGUUGAGGGAGAUACAUACACCUGAGAGUAUAUUCUUGAUUGAACCUGAAGUAAAGCUUAACCCACAGGGUCGACCAUCCCUGAAGGUUGAUACUUCUAUUCGUUGUGAGCCCUCUGCCUUUGAGUUUGUUUCAUCUGCACAGGACAGCUAUUCACCAAGUGUAGGUUUGAAGAAAAAUACGUGUCCAAACAAAUUAAAAUCAAUGCAGCAACCAAAGGUGAUUUGGGAAGGAUGGAUGUUGCAAGUGAAGAAAGAUUUACUACAAGAAUUACAUGCCCAUAUAGAUCACUACAAGAGUUUAUUUGGGGGCCAAGAAAGAAUUGAUGAGUUAACUACUACUUUAGCGUAUUUUGAAUCAAAUGCUGCAUAUAGUCAUUGGAUGACAAUGCCUGACAUAGGUCAUUUGAUAUUAUCUUUUUACAAUGUUGUGUUAUUUCACUUAUCUUCUCAACAAUGCCAUACUUUUCUCCCUCUUAGAACUAUCCCAAUGCUGAUUGCAUCUCGCAAGGAGAUAUGUAUCGAGUUCGUCAACAACAACCAUUUCGUUCAGGUCUUCUUGGUGCAUGGUCACCCGGUGCCAUCUAUAGCAACAAAUUGGCGACGUUACCAUUUACCUGCUACAGCAGAAUGA